AUGGCAGUGAUAAGUGGCGGGCAGUGGAGCCGCGCCAGGAAGCAAGGGCGCGGCUAUGCCGUCAGCGCCACCUGCCCGAGAUGCGGGCUGGAGCCAGAGACGCUGACCCACAGGAUCUGGAAGUGCACGGAGGACAUCAUCGAGGGCAGUGAGUUCGCCAAGUCGGAGCACCUGGUGGCGAGGGCGCUGGCCAGUGUAGACAGUGAGCCCUCGGUCUGGCUGCGAGGCCAAGUGCCGAACCACCUCACCACCCCCAGGUUCGAUGAAGAGCGAUUGGCUCCUGUAGGUGAGCUGGUAGGUGAGCUGGGCGACUAUCGUCGCCGUAGGUGUGGAGCUGCUGUCGCUGCCCUGGCCUGGCGCGAAGAUAGCUGGUGCCUGGGGGCGAUGAUGGCCGCGCCGCUCCCUGGCUGCCGACAGUCUGUGCCCCGAUCGGAGACGCUGGCCCUGGCGAUGGCCCUUGAGCAGACUACGGGGUCGGUGCGCUUCGUGACGGACCAUCAGGGCCUUUUAAAAGCUUGGCCCCGCAAGGCCACCAGGGGGCCCAACGAGGAUCUCUGGGCGAGAAUUCGCGCGGCGGCCGAAGGCCGCGAGCGGGCUUGGGAGGGAUUCGUCAAGCAUGCUGCUCCCCACGCUGACAGUUGGGGCGCUGUUGCCGCUCUUGUCAGACGUCGAGCGCCCAAGGCCUUACAACUUGCCCUGGACUGCGACGCGACCCGGGCCGAGCGCGAAGAUAUCGCGCCUCGCGGGGCCCGCGAGAGCGGCGUGGAGAUAGCUCUCCGCGAAGCGGGCCACCAGAUGGCCCAGGACGGCGCUAAAUGGAGAUGCGAGGACCUGCCCCAUCGGCUGUGGCUUCGUCGGGAGCUCAGGACGGGCGAGGCAGCAGAGUGGCUGUUCGGCGGCGCGGACGAGGACGAUCCGCGCCCGCUAGAUUUGGCGCGAGAUUCGCUUGAGAAUUCCUUUCGCGCUAGCGUGCUCCAGCAGAGCGUUUCCGGGGCACGCUGGAUGAAUCUGAAGACGGGGCAGCCAUCAGGCGACGGCGCGGCGGCCGUCGUAACGGCGGCGCGGGCGCUAGCUGGGCGGCGGGCGCCGUCGGGCGCCGUCGGGCGGACGCGUGGCGACGGCAAAGCGGCCGCUGCGACGGCGGCAGCGUCGCCGUCGGGCGCCGUCGAGCGACCACGUGGCGACGGCACGGCGGCCGUCGCAACGGCGGCGGCGGCGCUGGUUGGGCGUCGGGCGCCGUCGGGCGCCGUCCGGCGGACAUGGUGCGACGGCAAGGCGGCCAAUGGGCGACAGCCAGGCAGCCGUCGCAACGGCGGUAACGGCGCCAGCUCGGCGGCGAGCCCCGUGCGGCGCCGCCGGGUUGGCAGACUCCCGACUGCUCAGAUAGUGUCUCAAGCGGCGUACUGCUUGGUUAUGGCGUUCUUGGAGGUUCAUGCGAAACCUUUCUGGCUCGACGUGGAGGCUUUCUCAAGGAGGUGCUUCAUCAAGACCGGCGAUAUUGUUGUAAGUUGCGAUAUCAGGCCCUCCGAGGCCGACUGCGCCGAGAGUCCCGUCGCCGCCGAGGGGGACGACGACUCCGACGAGGAGGCCGCGGGAACCGCCCCGCACUUGUGGGCGUGGCCCCCGCGGCGCGCGGCCGCACGCGCGGCGGCGCUGGCGCUGGCCGUGCUGGGGUCCGCCUGGCUGGGGCUGCUCGCGGUCCGCCGCGCUGCGGCUGGCAGGCCCGCUCUGCACCUCGAGGCGGCCGCGGUGGUUGGUCUGGACGGCGACGGAUGCGAGGACCCGGAACUGGCGUCCCCUUGCUACGACGCGGUGGCAUGGGUGCUGCAGACGGGCAUCUACGAGCACCCUGAGUGGUUCGAAGGUCUGGACAAGGAGGCCCGCUUCGAGGAGGUCCAGGCCAAGCUUGCCAAGGACGACCCAGACAAGCCGGAGGACCAGAAGUCCCAUUGCGCGGCGCCGUGCAAGGACCCGGCGGCUGCGAAGCGGCAUAAGGGAGUGCCCGGGUCCGCGCUGGACUUGCCCGUGCCAGGGCCGUACGCGGAGCGGCAGGAGUUGGAGUUUUACAUGUUCCGCGCCCAGGGCGACGAGGACUACCCGCUGGAGAACGUGGACACUGGGGACUUAGCCGGCGUGAUGUGGUACUUGCACAACGAGAUCGUCGUUGCUGUGGGGAAGUCCAGGAAGUAUUCCGUCACGAGGAUCAGGAGGUUCAGGGUCAAGGUGAAGACCACUUGGGCGUAUUACAACUCCCACAGGCGCCAGUUCGGCUCCUUCGUGGCCUUUGACUCUGGACACUGCACUGUGCCAGGCUGCGACCAGAUCUGGAAGCGCUUCGGCGCACUUCCUGGCUGCCAGCACGUGGACACGGAGAGGUUGCGGGCCGCUUACGCGUCCGACACCAAGACGUUCAUAGGCGAGGGUUGUACGGGUCACGAGUGCCACCCCCCAGUGUGGUACUCGCUGCCAGGGCCGUGCCCCAAUCACAAUAUCCAGGAGAAAACGGAGGAGUGCAAGAGGGACCUCCCUGGCGGCCUCUGCGACGCAGUCACCGGCGACCGGGAUUGCACAUAUAGCGUCGAGGACGCCGGCGAGGUCGGCUUAGACGUGGUCACUGGCAUCAGCGACUACGCCCAGUUCUUCGAGGAUGGGGGCAUCGAGUACAGUGAGAGGCGGGACACGGGCGUGCACAACAGCUUCUGGGAAGGCAAGAAGGAUGAGGACAAGUGCAGGGAGCGUGUUGAGUCGGUCAAGCGCUUGUUCGACGAAAAAUAUCCAGACAUGCCGAAGUGCGACGACCUUCCAGGGCCGCCUUGCGACACCGACGGCUACUACGAGGGAGAGCUGGAGGCCAGUCUCGACGAGUGGCCUGUUUACGAGGACGGCCCUGUCGAAGUCGGGACCUUCGGUGCUCAGGCCCUUGACGCCGACGGAGUGGCUACCAAAAGCUCCGCCGCAAACGAGAAGGGCAGCGGUGCGGAAUCGAAGAGCACCUCGUCGAAGAGCACCUCGUCGGGCGCGGACCGUUCCACCACCAGGGCCACGACCACGCCCGAAGCCAGCAAGGCCAAGGACACGGUGGUGGAUGAUGGCCGCCCACAUUCGCUUAACACGCAGGAGUCGACAGGCGAGGAGGACACGCUGCCGUCAGACGCGACCUUCACCGUGACGCUGGACCAUUCGAACAAGGAGAUACUCGGCUUGGCGUUCACCAUGGUCGACGAGGGGAUUGUCGUCGACGGGGUGACGGGGGGCCUGUUCGGGAAGUGGAACGAGAACAAUCCCGACCACAGGGUGAAGGGUGGAGACCUCAUCGUGGCCGUGAACGGCGUCCGUGGCAGCUCCCUGAAGCUGGCCGACCAGCUGAGGCAGCCCAGGGAGCUGAAGGUGGAGCUGCAGACCCUCGAACCGUACAGGUCGGGGGCCGUGGCUGUCGGAGCGCGCUGGCCGGCGCUGAUGCUGCUGGCCGUCGCGGCCCUCGCGCCCGCCGGGCCAGCCGGCGACGGCGGGGCCACGGAGGCCUGCGAGCAGCUGAGGGCCCUCCCGCCGCAGCAGCAGCUCAUGGUGAUCUCCUCCUACCCGGCCAACGCGCGGAAGCCUUCCGCUGUGGUCUGCUCGAGGAUCCACAUGGUGAAGCUCGGGAUGCCCGCCCAGAUCGGCACGACGAGCUGGCCAGGUUGCGCGGCUACCUCCGCAAGGCGCGGCGAGGGCGGCGGCGCGGCUGCAGACGGGAGCCCGAAGCGGGAGGGCCGCAGCCGCAGCCCCAAGCGUGGGGGCGGCGGCGCCGGCGAUGGAGGCGGCGCGGCGCAGAGCGCCGCCCUCGACGACGAGUUCGCACCGGUGGUGUCGCCGCCGCCGCCGGAGUUGGCCAGGUGGCUGGAGAAGCUGGAGAAGGAGGGCUUGGUGAAGCCGGGCGACCUGGACGAAGUCUCGAUCUCGAACCUGGCGAAUUGCGCGCCCGACCUCCAAGAACAGAUAAUUGAUUACCUCGACGACAUGAAGAUCUACUUCUUGAACGCCCGCACGAAGAGCGGCUUCGUCAUCGCCGCGUGCGAGAAAGCCAAGCAGGGCCAGCUCAACUGGCGCGGGCUGGGCGCCCCGGACCCCUGGCGGCCCUGGCUGCAGGCAGUGGCCGUGCCGAAGCCGUCCGUGGAUCUUCUGCCGGAGCAGGAGUGGCUCGACCGUGUCGGCGCGGCCCCGGUGAAGCUCCACGUGGACGUGUCGGCGGACAGGGAGCUCGGCGUGGCGAACGUGAGCGUUGCCGUGCUGCUGACGCACAGCGUGGGCUCCGUGAAGGAGAUGUUGGCGGCCAUUGGCGUGACGAUUCCAAUGAACAAGAUGAAGCUGAAGGAGGCCUGCAAGGGCUUCCUGCGAGACGACCGGUCGCUGGCGUUCUACAACCUUCUCGACGGCAGCGCGCUGGCGCUGAGCGGUCGGGUCCGCGGCGGCAGGCGUGUUUCCACGGCGGAGCAGCGACGGGGGCUGGAGGAGCACCCCGCGGGGAAGGAGGUCCUGCCAGCGGCUCUCUUGGAAGGGGCGCGAGCCGGCGGCGCGUAG